AUGGAAGGUGUUCGAGUUAUUGAAACUUUGGGCAGGAUUACAUGUUCUCUAUGUGACACUACAUCACCAACAGUAUUGUGUGAAAAUUGUCAAAAUGAACCUCGCGAAGAUUUUUAUUUACUUUCACUAGCAAAACUGAAAGAUUUUGGUGCAGAUUAUGAUGCUAUUAAAUCCAAAAAUCUUGACAUUAGUAGAAUAAUUAAUACAUUUACCACUGCAACAGAACCAGUAACUGAAUUCAAUCCCAUAGAUCAUGAAAUAGCUGAGUUAUCAAGAAAUUUAUUAUUAAGUCAUCCAAAUCCAGCUAUCCGUAAAUUAGUCCCGAUAAGCGUUAAUGGAGAUGGUGAUUGUUUGUUUUACACGCUUCAAGUGUUUUAUCCUGAUAUGUCAAU